AUGGCGAUGACAUACAAGGAGAUGAUGUUGGUGAAGGGUACGAUCCCGACGCUGCACGAAAAUGGAGAGCACAUCGCAACUGUCUUUUACAAGACAAUGCUCAAGGACCACCCAGAUCUCAACAAUUACUUCAACAGCGUCAACAUGAGGAACGGUAGACAGCCGAGGGCGCUCACAUCCGUUAUCCUAACCUUCGCUUCCAACAUUAGCCACAUCAGCGAGUUGACACCCAAGCUAGAGCGCGUCGCCAACAAGCAUGUAAGCCUGGGCAUCCGGCCAGAGGACUACGAGAUCGUCGGCAAGUACCUUAUGCGCGCCUUCGCCGCCGUGUUGGGCGAGGACAUGACGCCCGAGAUACGGGUGGCUUGGACCAAGGCAUAUUGGGUGCUGGCACGCAUGCUCAGUGCCAGAGAAGCACAGAUCUACCACGACUUCCAGCCAUGGUCGAGUUGGCGCCAUUUCAUCAUCGACAAGAAGACACCCGAGACACUUGAGGGCGAUAUCAUGUCUCUGUCCCUAAAGCCGGUAGAUGGGGGCCAGUUACCAAGUUUCAUGCCAGGACAGUACAUCUCACUCCGUCUGCGCGUGCCAGGAUCGGCAUACUUCCAGAUCCGUCAAUACUCUCUCAGCGACGCACCUCGGCCAGAUGGCUAUCGAAUCACCGUCAAAAGGGAGAUUGGAGAUCACGUUGGCUGUGAUUGCGAGCUAGACAGGUCGGCUCCCGGAGUCAUGUCGAAUCUAUUGUUUGACGACUUGCGCGAGGGCGACGUGCUGGAGCUGAGUCAUCCGGCGGGAGACUUCUACCUCGACGUCAACAAUGACGCCGCCUCGACGCCACUGGUACUGAUCUCUGCGGGUGUUGGUGUGUCACCGAUGCUGUCGAUGCUCAAUACGGUCGUGGAUCGUCACUUGGAUCGACCGAUCUCCUGGAUCCAGGCUGCGAGAGGCAGCACUCCCUUCAAAGAACAUAUCGACAGUUUGAAGACGUCCAACCCGCUGUUGAGAACGUCGUUCCUCAACACAGCUAUCGGCAACAAAGAUAUAGCCGAGUCGACCGAUACUUUGGGCUUCGGAUACUACCUGGAGUGGCUGAAGCCGGAGGACAUGUUCUUCGACAACAAGGGGACAGAAUACUACAUGUGUGGGCCGGAGCGCUUCAUGCGGGACAUGACAGACUACCUCGAGACCAACGGAGUGCCGACCAGCAAAGUGCGGUACGAGCUGCAUGCAACUGGUGCCUUUGAGUUACAAAAGUGA